GCUCAAAACACCGGAAAGAGGCCAAGGCAGGGUCAUUGUUCGAAGUGUGGUUCAGCGACCCACAAUGCAAGAACUUGUCCUAUAAACCAAGGGAGUGGAAUACAGCAUGUGAGGUUAAACGUUGGUGAUCGAAGGACAAUUGCACGCGAGAUGCGAGUUGCAACAGCUGGAAUCGGUGUGUAUGUGAAUGAGACCACUGGAAAUACAUAUGUUAGGAUGAACGGAGCAAAUGGUCGUCCAGUGGGUGGAAGUCAGCCAACAGUGGUGGAUGUACAAGGAAGUCAACCACCUGUCACACAACCUUAGAAGUUGGCAUAUUGAGUCGAUUUACUUUUGUCAGCCCCCAUGUAAUGACUUCCAUAAAGGAAGCUUUGAAAUCGACUCAUGUAACUAAUGGGGCACUUUGUUAGGAUUUGUAAGUUAAAACAUGUCCAGAAUCCAGGAAUGGUUAUGUUCUAUAAUGGGGCACUUUGUUAAGCUUUGUAAGUUAA